AUGGCGCUGCUCCGAGGAGGGGUCCGAUACGUUACUCUUGCGGUCUACGUAGUCUCGGCUGCGCUGAUCCAUCAGCUGUUUAAGGCAUUGCAGUGCAACAACAGUGGUAGCCUCCUCACAACCAUAGCGGAUCUAGCAGACAACCCAAUCACUGUGUAUUCACAGUCAAUCGAAUCCACGGGAACGUCCGUAACCAACUCCGUGAGCAACGCGACGACGACGGGGCUGUGGCUUGAACCGUUUGACCCAGACACGUCUUUGCCACGUUCCACUGAUUUACUGCGGGAACUGGUACAUACAGACGUCAAAAUAUCCUGUCCCCGCAACUUGGUGCUCGUCCCGGAUACCAUCAUUCUUCCGGAACACGGUACGGAAAGCCCUUCCUUUGACAACCAAAUUCCACGCGUUAUUCACAUCACGAGUAAAUCCCGUUGCAUGACCAAAUCAUUCGCCGCUAACGUAGAAACGUGGCGAUUCGCGAACCAUUCUCUCCUAAUUCACAACGACGUCGCCAUGGAGCGUUUGCUGCAUCGUGAGUGGCCGGAAUUCCCUCACUUGUCCCAAGCCCUGGAGUGCACCGUGUCAGGGGCGGCUCGGGCCGACUUGUGGCGAGCAUUGAUUCUCUGGGAAUACGGAGGCAUCUACACGGACAUGGACAAUGCCCCGGGUCCCUAUUUUAACGCUAGUACCAUUCGCCCCAAUCUCGACAAAGCUAUGUUCGUGGUCGAAAGUGGCGGCUUUUUGUCGCAAUAUUUCGCGGCGGCCGCCCCGCGUCAUCCCCUCGUGUACUUGUGGAUUCAGAGUUGUUUGCACCGACUAUUGGACUUGCACGACGUAACAAAUCAGUAUGUUCCGUUCGUGACUGGCCCCGGAGCACUACAGGCCGCCAUGCAACACUUUAUGGGCACACAGGGUCCAAAACUACCCUCCCGACCGUCCAACGACGCACACCAGGCGUCCACCACUACUACUGCCCAGGACCGGUACGAUUCCUUUCGGUGGGUACGGGCAGGCACGUAUCAGGGUGUGAUCGGUACGAACGCUACCGUGCGUAUCGAAGGAUCACGACAAACGUCAGACGUUUGGUGGAUUCGUCGCAACGUAAUACCGCGUAAAAAGCGUGUGUACCAACAAAUGAACAUGACGCACUUCGGAAGCAUCCCUCGCUGGGUGUCGAACGAAAGCUGUUGGCAACGAAUCUAUCGUAACCGUGCAAAAGCCUGGUAA